GAGUCGUGUCCAACGCUGUGUAUACGUGCUCGCCGUGCGCUCCAUGUUUUUUGUUUCCCAUCUUCUCUUCGCUCCAAAGCCUUUAAAAAAAGAACUUCUUUUUUUAAAUUCUAGCGUUGCUUUGAGCUGUGUCUUUGGUGGAACGGCGCUGUGGUCUCAACUCGCCUCUGCUUUUCAAAACAAAGUGGCCUUCCUUCGUAACUGCUCCCCAAUCCUGGUUCGUGUGUGUAUGUGUGCGUGAAUCCAACGGAGCAUCACUCCCAGUUCUUUCAUACUAUUAUCAUUAUUAUUUCUUCUCCGACAAAUCACUAUAUAUUUUUUUCGUGUUUAGCAGCACGCAUAUAUUUCGCUUGUAGAUCUGCGCUAACGGCAAGCAUUUGACUGCGUCAACGUCAACAUCCAGAGAACAGAAAUAAAAAUGGCUACUCGCGCUAUUAAGGAAACACUGCCCGACCCUCCGACGACGGAGGAGGAGUUGAUGGCCGUGAAUAACCUUCUGUUUCGUCUCAAGGCCGGCUCCGUCGAGUUGCGCCGUCUCACCACAACCCAUGUAGUGCACCACAAGAAGUUCUCCUUGACAGAGGAUGGCAAGGCGCUGGAGUACAAGCCUUCCAACAAAACGAAGCGUCAGACCAUGCUCUUCACAGACCUCUACGAGGUCACGAAGAUCGACCAAAACAACCACGUGUACAAAGCUGCGCACCUCAACAAGAAAACGGACGUGGUGGUGAAGAUGAACACCCGCACAGAUCGCAGCUGGCUUAUCGUCUUUGACGACAAGGCUAGCGCCAAGACGUGGAUGCAGAUGGUCGGCAUGCAGCGGAAAGGCUCUCACCUGAAUGCCGACGCGGCGGUAUCUUCGGAGGACACGCUGAAGGGACGCAUUCGUGCAACGUGGGAACGGGCUGACGUGAACCACGACGGCAAGGUGGACCUCAAGGAGGCGAAGAAGCUGAUGGUGCGCAUGAACGUGGAGAUUUCAAACCCGAUGUUAGCGGAGCUCUUUAAAGCCCACGACGUUUCUGGGGACGGCACGCUGGACCUGGAGGAGUUUACGACCCUCUUCGUGCACCUCACGUCACACAAGGAGCUGCGUCCACUUUUCAAGCAGUACGCCGCUGAUCAAGACUGGAUGACGCGGAACGAGUUUGACAAGUUCAUGGCAGAGCAAGCGGAUGAGAGCACUGACGCCGUCUACAACGAACUGCAGCCCAACAAAAAGGGCAGCAUCACCUACACGUCGUUUGUGCAUUACCUGCUCAGCCCGCACCGCAACCCUGCGCUGGACCCGGAGCACCUGAAGGGCGUUGUGGACGACAUGCAGCAGCCAAUAAAAGACUACUUCAUCAACUCAUCGCACAACACGUACCUGUCUGGUGACCAAUUCCGCUCAAAGAGCGACAUUGACAUGUACAAGCGCGCCCUCAUCGCGGGCUGUCGCUGCGUGGAGCUAGACUGUUGGGACGGCAAAAACGGCGACCCCAUCGUCUACCACGGCUACACCCGCACGUCAAAGAUCCGGUUUGCCGACGUCAUCGAGACCGUUCGCCGCCACGCCUUCGUGACGUCGCCGUACCCAGUUAUUCUCUCGCUAGAGGUGCACACCUCCGUCGCGCAGUGCAACGUCAUGGCUGACCACCUACAGACGAUUCUGAGUGACACGCUCAUGAUGGCAAAGGACGUGCCGAACAUGACCUACACCCCUGACGCACUGAAAGGCAAGGUGCUGGUGAAGUGGAAGCUGCCAGGCAAGGAUGUGGACGAUAUGGAGACGCCACGGUCGGAUGUGGAGUCGGUGGAGGGCUCGCCGGUCUCGUCCGGCAAGGCGGAGACGACGGUGCACGCCGACGUGCCGAACCUGCUGACCAACUGCGUCACGAUUGGUGCCUUCAAGACGGCCAACUGGGGCAAGGACGCCGCGCCGUACAACAUCCAAAGCUACGCGGAGACAAAAGUGGAGGCGUUUGCAGCGACAGCACGCGACAACUUCACCGGACAGAAUUCGCGCAUGCUGGCGCGCGUCUACCCGAAAGGCUCGCGUAUUGGGUCCUCCAACUACAACCCGACCCUGGCAUGGUCGAUGGGUGCGCAGGUGGUCGCGCUCAACUACCAAACCUGGGACAACGAUAUGCGCCUGAACGACGGCAUGUUCUCGCUCAACAAAGGCUGCGGCUACGUGCUGAAGCCAAAGUACCUGCGUGACGUCGCGAGUGGUACGAUGCCCACGGCUUGCACGAUUAAAGUGGAGGUGCUGUGCGGUACGCAAAUCCCGAAGCCGUCACUGCGGGAGAAGGGCGACAUUGUGGAUCCCUACAUUAAGAUGACGAUCAACGGACGCCAAAACACCGAAGUAAAGACGAAGGUGGUACGCAACAACGGUCUGAACCCGUCAUGGAUGGAGAACUUCGUGCUCCACUGCGAGAGCAAAGAGGUGGAUGUGUUCACCGUGAAGAUCAUGGACGAGGACACGACAUCGGCGAACGAUCCGGUGUGUGAGAUGGUCAUCCCCGUUCGCGCGCUGCGUAGUGGCUAUCGGGCGAUUCCGAUGAAGCUGUGCGAGAACGGCGCGUCAUUGCCUGGCUGUGCCAUUCUCUGCAAAUUCGAGAUUGAGGAUGUCAAGAAGUAG